ACCUUAGCUUACACUUCUUUUUAUACAUAUAUAUUUUUUAAAAGAUCAGACUAGACUUAUGCAAACCUCUUUGAACAGACCAUAUCUAAAGAGAAAGUCAAGAUGAUUCUGUUAUUGUCAAUCUUCCUACUGAUCUCAGAUUGGUGUGAAGCAGAUUUAAAAGCUGGCUAUCUGGGAGGAACGAAGAACAUCUACUGGCGCUACGAACCACAGUUCAGCAUGAUGCCAAAACACCUGUGCAAACGCGAUGAUACCGGCAUUGUGAUCAUAGCCUCCACUAACACAGCAGUCAAACCUCAGAGCAGAUUCUUCAUACAUGAUAACCAACAGUAUAGAGUUAUCACGGUUAUCAUCACGUCUGUGUCUGACAGUGACACCGGGGAGUACUGGUGUGGAGUUUUUGAAUCUGCGAAAUUUGUCUACUUUGAUAAAGUGGACUUUUCGGCUAUGCCACUAACUGGAUACAUGGGAGGGGCGGCAGAGAUUGAGUUCUUGUACAGUCAGGGAUAUGAGCAGAAGGCAAAGUACCUCUCCAGACCAGGACUAGAAACCUCCUUCCACACCCUCCUCAUCCAAACGCAACGCAGCCAGACCAGAGCCGACAGCGAGAAGUUCUCCCUCCGCGACGACACCACGGCGAGGAAACUCACCGCGACUAUCAGAGGGCUGCAAGCAGAGGAUUCUGGGACAUACUCUUUUGGAAUGGAGACUGCUGGGCACUAUAUUCACUGGCCACUGGCAGUUAAAGGCCUGACUGUGGUGAGCUACACAGACGGUCGCUCCGUUACUAUAUCCUGCAAGUAUCAGAGAACAAGAAGUAACAAGAGGAGUAAACACUUUUGCAGAGGAAAAUAUCCAGUAGAGUGUUUGGAGCAAGGGCUGCUGGCAGGAGUAGGCAGGUUCUUUUUGCGGGACAAUGCUGCUGACCAAGUCUUCACCGUCACCAUCUCUAACCUCACCGAAGAGGACGCUGGGAUAUACUGGUGUGUAGAGAUGAUUGGCAACAGUGGAGCAGAGUUCACUUCAGCUGUUCAGCUAACUGUCAAGAAAGACUCAAGUGCAACAGUGUCUGAGUCAGACACAAAGUCAGUCACCUGGGUGUUGGUCCCUAUUGUGAUGCUGCUGCUGUUGGCCAUAGGCCUCCUGGUGGUCAAAUACAAGAAGACAUGUGAACGAGAAAAUUACUGUAAAUGCCUUGUAGCAUCUACCUCAGAUGUUCAGAUGGACAUGAACACAGCAGGAAAUAAACAGGAGAAACAGGAGGCUGUUGAUUAUGAGAACGAUGAUGUACAAGUCAGUGGUAGGACUUCAGUCGACCCCCCAAUACCUCCCCGAAGAAUCGACAGACUCAGUUCCGAUGACAUGUACCAGAAUUCCGACAUGGUGGAAGACAUUCCGCCCUACCUGACGGUGAUUCCGUGACCCAGCCGAUGGAACUCCCGUUAAAGUGCCCGACAUAGCUAACCACAAUUUGGACAAUACAACAAAGUACUGUAUAAGACCCACCACAAAAACGCAAGUUAAGUUUCAGAAAAUGACCAAUCGUACCAGAGCAGGAGAUGCUUGUUCUCUCGCCGAUGUAGCCGUACCUUGACAGAGGGAUUCUGUUGUUGUGAAUAAAAAUCAAAUGAUAUACUGUAUAUGUUUUCUGAUAAAUAUAUUUACAUCUGAAGAGAGUGGCCAGCUAAAACUUGCCAAACAUAUUUUCCUUAUUUUCUCUAGUCUCUAAAGAUCUACAAACAUCAUAAACAAGUUAUAACUGAAUAUGAACUCUCCACAUUUACUUUUGGAUUGCCUGCACACACAUUGCUGCAAGUUAAUUGUCUGUAGAGAGACUAUACAGCAAAUAGCUGCAGUCAUAUUCUAUACCAAUAUGGUAAAUCUGGUUGACAUACUUUUGGUUCAUUGAAUCACAUUCAUUUAUUUCUUCUUACAAAU